AUGCCUUCGAGCUCAUCGGCACUUGUCGCCGCCGCCGCCGGGAAGCUCAAGGUCGAAGUGCGGCUCGCCCAGGCCAUCUCCGAGUUCAGCGUUCUCCUCAAGGACGACGAGGACGCUCCUCUUCACCCGCUCGAGGACACCCUGCGGGAUCUGGGCCGGUGGAUGGAGAAGCGGUGUUUCAUCCUCGCUGCAAGGUCCAGCAUCCGGGCGCAGUCGUCUAGCCUUGAGCGGCUCAGCCGUCUGCAAGCCGACUUCUCCAAAGACGCCGCCAGGCGGCUGGAGGCGUCGCGCAGGAACCGGCUGUUCCAGGCCAUGUGUCCCAACCAGAGAGAGUAUGACUACACGUGGCGUCGUGAGCGCAAGAAAGGGACGUCCGACUGGAUCCUCGGGCACGAAAGCUACCAGAAGUGGCGGGCGUCUAAAGCAUCGACGACGAUCUGGCUUCAAGGCAGUCUAGGUCAUGGGAAAACCGUGACCAUGGCCUCCAUUGUGGCCGAUCUCGUGUUGAAUGCAAAUAAAGAAACAAACAGCCCAUCUGGUGAUGAGUCUGCGGCGAGCACACUGAGGACGGUCUCCCAUUACUUCUGCAAAGCAGGCGACCGGACUACUCUACAAGCCGACAGCAUCAUCGGCAGUCUCUCCCUGCAGACCCUAGCCAGCCCGGCCCUCGCCCCGUUGCUUUCGCGAUUCCUCAGCACCUCCAAAGCGACCAUCGGUCUGAUGCUGGGUGCCGAGAGCUGCAUCGAUCUUCUUGUACAAAUCACACCACCCGAGUGGCUCGGCGUCUUCGUCCUGGACGGCCUCGACGAAACACAGCCCAAGGACGUGGGAGAAGUCAUGAGCCACCUCGGGCGUCUGUCGGCAGCGAGGCGCGUGCUCUUGUGCUGCUCGUCCCGGCCGACGUCCGCCAUCCAGAGCAUGGCGAUGAAGGCGAUCGGGAUCGACUCCAUCAUCUCCAUGGACCAGGCAGACAGGUCCGGCGACAUCCGCAAGUACAUAUCCGCCGGGAUCGAGCGCUGGAAGACCAUCAGACCAUUCCCGCCCGAGCUGGAGGCUCUGGUCAUGGACCAGCUCUUUCACCGCUCGCAAGGCAUGUUCCUCUGGCUCUCGCUGCAGAUGGAGGCCAUAUGCUCCAGCUUCACGGACGACCUCCGGUCCGAGGCCGAGAUCAUCGACAUGAUGAGGGACCUGCCGAAAGAUCUCCCAGAAGCCUUCGACCGGGCUCUGCUGAGAGUCGCCGCGGAGAAGAACCACUCCAAGAUAUUCCAGCUGGUGGCGGCGGCAAGCCCGCCCUUGAGGCCUGAAGAGCUGUGCAUGGCCUUCAACAUCGAGCCCGGCAACCUAGCAUGGAACCCGUCGACUCUGCGGGCCGCCACCGGCCAGCAGCUGAUUUCUCAGGUCGGCGGCAGCCUCCUGAGCAUCGACGAAGAAGACUCGUAUGCCCGCUUCAUCCACCACAGCGCGCUGUCGCACCUUGUCGGAGCCCCGGCCAUGCCGGCGGCGGCGCCGUUUCACUUUGAUAUAGCCGUUGCCGAGCUCACCCUCAGCGCGAUAUGCAUCACGUACCUCAACUAUCCCAUCUUCGAGACCCGGGUCUCUAUCGCCCGAAAGGCCUCUUUUCAAAGGGUCCCCGGAGCGGUGGCAAAGUCCGUUACCCAGUGGGCCGGGAUCCCCCGCGGCUUGCUGAGUCCCUUGAUCAAAGACAGACACACCCGGAUAUGCAAGGUGGACCUCGAGCGGUUGAACCUCGAGCUGCAGGCGUACCAGCCAAGUUUGCAAAACGAAAGCGACAUCUUCAUGCCAUACGCUAGGGGAAACUGGCUGCCUCUCAUCAGUCGUCUCUCGGAGCCCUGGGAGCCUCUCAUGGCGCGCCUCUCUGGACGAGACUCUGCAGCGGCUCCGGGCCUUCGAUCAUGGAUCCUCUCCCGUGGUCUGCGGGCUCGUGCCGUUCCGCCACGAAAUGGGCCAUCGCUAACAAUCACAGCUUUCUAUUCAGAAGUCUCCUCGACAAUGCCAGAGUUUCAGGCUUUAGAGAAGUACUCGACACAACAUAUCUUGACCAGAUCGGGGGAAAAGAGGCGUCUUCGGUUUGGUCUCUGCGGCGCUGACCUCGGCAUCCUUGUGCCUCUUUACAUUCUUCGCUACAAAACUAACGUCAAUGUUACCGUUUUCAUGCUUCUGACCAGUCUUGCAAGCCUCCGUUCCGACGCCGCCGCCGCCGCCAUCGAUUACAAUUGGUUCUUAGAUCCGGGGUCGGCCAGAGAGCUGCUGGAAACUGCCGCACCUUUUGUCAUUCCCAAGGUUUUCGAACACUUUGGAAACCAUCAACUGGGGCAACGUGGACAGCGCGAUUGUCACUCUGUCGUCACCUUUCUGGUCGACUACCUCCCUGGCAUCGACGCUCUCCUGAACAACGGCAAGACAACGUUGCAGACGGCGGUCGGGUUCAAAAACACCAAUCUAGCGCUGGUUCUGGCCAGAGAUCACGGCGCAAACCCCCAGCUUUGCAUCCCGGCGGGGGAGGGUAGUAAUAAUUGGCGGCUGACCCUACAGCCUCACGUUGGCCCAUUGACGAUGUGUCUAAUCGAGUCCGACAUCAACUUCGCCAACAGCCAAGACGAGACCGCCCUACUGAUUGCUGUGAGAGAAGACCUCAGGGAGCCCGUGGAAGAGCUCCUCAUGAGGGGAGCAGACACCAACGUCGCGGAUCAUGACGGAGUCGCUCCGCUUCACCACGCUUGCGGCGACAUUGUCAAACUCCUCCUAGCCGCCGGCGCGAAUGCGGAUACCCUGGGCCCUAACGGACUCACGCCGUUGAUGAUUGCAUCCUUCUUCGGGCAGGCGGAAGCAGUCAAGACGCUGCUCGGAGCGGGGGCCAGUCCCGGACGGCGGAUACAGGGGCUCGACUCGAGUGGUUCACUGUCACAAGACGCGCUCAACCUGCUGUGGACUGCGAGAACUCACUCUGCGCAUGCAGUGGAGACGGCGGAGCUUCCAGACCGAGUUCGGGCGUCGAAAGAGAUCAAGAAAAACUGCAACGCGGUUUCCUUGGCUGUUCUGCGUCUUGAGAUUUUGAGCGCCACCCAUCCAGAGUUCAAUCCGUCGUUGCUAUUACCUUUCAUGGGUCAUCGAGAGAACUAUCCGAAGGUUUCUUUGCCAGUUUCCCCGAAAGACUCGCUGGAACUCUAUCGCAAAAAAGGUCAAGAGUUCUAUCCGAGGGACUCUUUGGAACUCUACCGGUCGGACAACCAAUUCCAUGAGAGGGGUUCUCUGGAACUUCGCAGUAGCGCGCCCUCCAAUAGUACCUCAAACGAAGCAACCCGUGCUGUCAGAACGAGCCAGAUUUCAGCCAGGGCUAUGGGAAGAAUUUGA